AUGCAGCUCUUGCCCCCUCCCACCCCCACCGGCACAAAGACUGAAAUGGAUGCUAAAGAGCCAAAGAAAUGCAAUUUGACAUCCUUCCCGAUUUUGAAAGGAAGAAAGAAACAAAAUCUCACCUCUGUAAAGGUAAAAAACAAAAGAAGUGUGAGAACCCAAGAGCCUUCAGUUCUCCAGCUGAAACUUACCCAGAUUCUCCUUCUGUAGAAUACAAACACCAACGUUAUUUCACUCCCUUUUGAGGAUGCCAAGGGGAAGAACAUGGUUAACUUCCCAAGAAUCAGCAAUAAAAUCCCGCCAAAGCCACCCCUGCUGUAUCAGGAGAGUCAAAGUCACAAUCAGAUGUCAGCCUCUGAGCUCAAGGCUUCAGAAAUGCCUUUCUGUCUGAGCAUUAAAACUCUAGAUCCCAAGCCAGAGGAGAAAGCACCCCAGAAGCACAAGGUGCCUCUGACAGCGGCAGAGGCCCUAAAGUUUUUUAAGAACCAGCUAUCUUCUUAUGAGCAAAGUGAAAUCCUGGGCUACACAGAGCUGUGGUUCCUGGGGCUUGAAGCUGAGAAGCUCCACAUGGCUCCUGAGAGAUUCAGCAAGACAAGCUUUGAUGAUGACCAUGGCUCCUAUAGGAAGGUCCUGCAUGACCACAUUGCCUACCGCUACGAGGUUCUGGAGAUGAUCGGGAAAGGGUCCUUUGGACAGGUGGCCAAGUGCUUGGAUCACAAAAAUAAUGAGUUGGUGGCCUUGAAAAUCAUCAGGAACAAGAAGAGAUUUCACCACCAGGCCCUGAUGGAGCUGAAGAUCUUGGAAGCUCUCCGAAGGAAGGACAAAGACAACGCCUACAAUGUGGUACACAUGAAGGACUUUUUCUACUUCCGCAAUCACCUCUGCAUCACCUUUGAACUCCUGGGAAUCAAUUUGUACGAGUUGAUGAAGAAUAACAGAUUUCAAGGCUUCAGUCUGUCAGUGGUUCGGCGCUUCACCCUCUCUGUUUUGAAGUGUUUACAAAUGCUUUAUGUAGAGAAAAUCAUUCACUGCGACCUCAAGCCUGAGAAUAUAGUGUUAUACCAAAAGGGCCAAGUCUCUGUUAAAGUUAUUGACUUUGGAUCAAGCUGUUAUGAACACCAGAAAGUGUACACCUACAUCCAAAGCCGCUUCUACCGAUCUCCGGAGGUGAUUCUGGGCCACCCCUACAACAUGGCCAUUGAUAUGUGGAGCCUGGGCUGCAUCAUGGCGGAGUUGUACAUGGGCUACCCCCUGUUUCCUGGGGAGGAUGAAGUGGAGCAGCUGGCCUGCAUCAUGGAGGUCCUGGGCCUGCCGCCAGCCCGCUUCAUUCAGAAAGCCUCCAGGAGACAGACAUUCUUUGAUUCCAAAGGUUUUCCUAAACAUAUAACCAACAACAGGGGGAAAAAAAGAUACCCGGAUUCCAAGGAUCUUACGACGGUGCUGAAAACCUACGACACCACCUUCCUGGACUUUCUCAGAAGGUGUUUAGUAUGGGAGCCUUCUCUUCGCAUGACCCCUGACCAGGCCGUCAAGCAUGCUUGGAUUCAUGAGUCACGGAACCGCAAACCACGGGCCAGGCCCCAGACCCUGAGGAGACCAGGUCUCUAUUUCCCCUUCCCCAGGAAGGACAAGGUUCAAGGGCAUCAUCACUUGGACAAAAAAGAUGUGAUCAUCAAAGAAGGGACUAUGGACAAAAUAAAAGAUGUCACCACUAGGCAGAUUCAGAAUUGGGGUGAUCAGCAGGGUUCUCUCCAGCAAGGAGCUGAAGUUGUCCAGCUGCCUCAUGUAGCAGAAGGUUCCAGAAAGCCAGAGGCAGUUCUUGGGCCAAAGGAGUCUAAGACUUCCACAGGACAACAAAGCAAAAACUCCUCCUCCAAGAACACGAACACUUUACCACCUAUUGUAUGACCUUCACUGAGGGUGUGUCCUGUUCCUUUCCACCAAUGAUUUGUAUUAGAAA